AUGGGACUAAUUCCUUGGUUCGUAGGUACCGUGAAUGUUUCCGCAGUUAAGGGCAGGUUAUCAGGGUUUUGGGGACCUAAAGAGGUGGUUUUCAAAUUUAGAUUUGAAAAUUUGAUCAAAAGAACACCUGAAGACGGCAAAGUUUCCAAAUAUCUUUGCCUAAUGCCAGGAUUAAUUAGCUCUGAUAAAUAUCUCAACGAAGCCGUCUUGAAAUCCCUAAAGCUCGAUUCCUGCAACACAUUUACCAUAUCGAGUGAUCCCACGGCAUCAAACACAAUAAAUCCGGCAAAUCUUUUUCUAAAAGAAAUCACAGAAGUGGGCGGAUGGGCUGGUUCUUCCUAUCUUUUAAAAAAUUUGCAAUCCUUAGCGUGCAAAUUGAAAGACGAGUCCUUAGCAUGCAAGUUGAAAAACGAGGAUUCAACCAAAUCUUUAGCUAUCACAGUAAAAAAAGAAAUCAUGGAGGCAGCAUCCAUCACUAAUGGAAAGCUUCUUGAUCAAAAUGAAAUCUCUUCACGCAAAAGAAAAUCUCGCUCGGAUAAAAAAAGCCGUCGCUCAAAGAAGAAGAGAAGACAUCGUUUGAGUAAAAAAAAAACUCUUUGCAAAAGAUGUCGUUUGUAA